ACUUCAACUCCUCAUUCUUCUGCCUUUGCACUUCGAAAUGGCAAAUCUUAAAUCCCUCAUCUUUCUGGCUGCUGUUUCGGCGGUACGCGCCACUAUCAGCCCUGGUAGUCUCGUCACUAUCUCUACAGCUGUUGAUGCCACCAGUGGAGCUGCCUGGUGGGACCCUCUGGAUGAGUACGGCGGCUAUGACUGGCUUGCUUAUCUGAGAAACCCUCCUGGCGGUGCUAUUGCUGAUAAUAAUGUCAUGGUCGCACGACGCUCUAUCUCAGAUGGCAGUGUCUCUCGCGACUGCGUCAGAGAUUCAGACGGGGAGUGUGCUGUCUUUGCGGAUGAUCUGGGACAUAACACUCCCAGUAUCAGCGUUGACGGCGAUGGAUAUGUCCAUGUCUUUACAAGCAUGCACAACGAGCCGUGGAAGUACUUCCGCUCGUCUCAGCCAUACAGCAGCACUCUCGUCAACGCCAGCUCUGAUAUGCCCGAUCAGACUGUCCUCAUUACAUACCCUGUUAUCAAGCGUGAUGCCGACGGAAACCUGUGGCUGAUCGUCCGAGGGCAAGCAUCUGGUGAUGGCUCCGCAAGGGGUGGCUACUUCUAUAAGUACACGACGGACAACAAGAAGUGGACCCGCGUGAGCCUCUGGGCGUACAACAAGGGCUACUCUGUAUACCCCGAUGAUAUCGCGUUUUCGUCUGAUGGAGAUGUUCAUGUUCAGUGGGAAUGGAGCAAGUAUCCCGCGUCUGCUGUGCGCCACCAGGGAAGCUAUGUCCGCUAUCGCCCAUCUACCAACUCCUUCACCUCCGCCUCUGGAUCUACCGUUUCGACACCCAUCACCCAAAACACCGCCGAUAUCGUGUAUCAGCCUCUGACUUCAGGGGAGACAUACAGCGGCGACAUCAACGCUUCACCCGGACCAGCUUUCCAGAGUGCAAAGAUGGCUCUAUACGAACGCCCCGCUGGCACCGUUCACAUCCAGAGCGCCUACCGCUUCAAGACUUCUACUAGCGGAACAUGGCAAGUUCGUCGUGCUACAGCAACAUAUGGUACUUCUAACCCUUGGACGCGUGAGAUCCUGUAUAGCGAUAGUGAGACCAGCGCUGGUAUUGGUAUCACUCAUGACGGAACAACUGCUCGCAUCUACUACAGUCGCUCUUCAGCCAGUGCCUUUGUGCUGGAGAAUGUCGGUGGGGCUGGCUGGACUAAUACUGCUAUUGAACCAGCUGUUGGCAAGAAGGUGCAGCGUCUCCAGGCUUUGAUGAGGAGUGAUGGAACGGAUGUUUUGUACUUGGGUGCCCCAACGAAUGUUAACUCGACCACCGGAAGCUUGUAUCUAUUGACUGUUGGCGGCAGGACUUAGUAGCACGAUGCCUGUCUAGCAUGAGACGCUUGGAUGUGAUUUAGUGGAGUGGCCAUAGCUGGGGCUUCAUCUCGUCCCAUAUUAGUCAAUAUGACCCCUCUCAUAUCUCAAGGGUAUUUCCAUUCUAUCUUACAUAUCAGCGUUCUGUUAAAAACGCCGACCAUUACUGCC